AUGCCUCCGCUCCACUCCUUUCUCAUAUUUGCCGGCGUUCUAUUUCGCAUUGCAUAUGGUUACGUUGAUUUCGGCUCCUUGACUCUCCCUGUUGAACCCCUCUACCAACCGACUCCGCGACCGAACCAAUUGCUGGGUGACUAUGAUCUCCGCCACGAGAUUCUUCCGUCGAUGAUUACAGCUGUCGCGCCUUCAGUGACGGUCGGUGCCAACGGCACCCACCAGACCAUGUAUAGCCUCCAUUACCAUCACUACUUCAUCAAGACCCGGCAGGGCAGAGGAGUGUUCGACAAGCGAGGAGUCUUUUCUGACGACCCGCCCAUUGCAACAUGCACUCCCUGUGGAGGUGAAAGCGUCUCCUCUACUCCCACCGGCACAACUACAUCGACAUUGCCAUGCACAACCCACACAUAUCAUGUGAGUCUGUUUCCGGUCAUUCAUCCUUAUCCCGACUGCAGAGACUGA